AUGGCACAGUUGCCGCUGGCGUCUCCGACUGCUAUCAAGGUGCCAGAGACCUGUGACAAGACCUGUGACGCAGGAGGCGUUGGGGGCGACUGCUUUGGGCCCGAGGGGCCUGAGAAGCUCCUGGAUGCGGGGCGCUUUCAACAUGGCGCCUACCGAGUGUUGGCCAGCUUGCAGCAAGUGCAACUCAUGGGUCUCAGCCUGGCUUUUCGCUCCAGUGACCUGAAGAAGGCGCCCCGGCGCUGCAAGCUGCUGUGCCUGUCGUUGUUGCCCUGCCAGGCUUGGCAAUACUCUGAUGGCUUUGGGUGCUACGUGGAGAACCCCUAUUUGGGUCCCUUGCCUUACCCUCCGGUUGUCCAACGAAGCACAGCCUUUGCCCAGAAGGCCCAGGGCGAGUAUUUGCAGCGCCUUUGCCCCAAUUCGGUGAGCCGUGUGCGAGGGGACGCCAAGGAUGAAGAGGUGCAGCAGCAAGAGGCCUUGGUCGUAUCCUACGCAGCGAAGGCGACUUUGCCCAAAAAGGUCGAGGCCGAUAGUGUGGACGUGCCGAAAGCUCCCCCUAUCGCGCAAGCAGCGGUGAGCACAACUGAACUGAUGGAGCCUCCCUUGUCUCCGUCAACUGAUGCCAUUCUACCCCCACUAGCUCCUGCUGGAGCACCGUUACCGACAGUAGCUCCCACGCCAGCCCUACCAGCUGCAAUCCCCACUGCAGCCUUGCCGACUGCAGCACCUGCCGCAGCCCUACCAGCUACAGUCCCCACCGCGGCCUUGCCGACUGCAGCACCUGCCGCAGCCUUGCCGACUGCAGUACCUGCCGCAGUUUUGCCAACCGUAGCACCUGCAGCCUUGCCGACUGCUGCUCCCACUGCAAUUUGGCCUGCAACCCUCCCUCCCUCCCAACCCCUUCCAGCCACACCAGCUUUGCCAACAGCUGGGACCUCCAAGGCUGGGCUGCCGGGGGUUCCUCCCACACCCACUCUUCCAACCAUCCCACCUCCUGAACUACCACGUGUCAGCACCGGCGCCGAGUUCCGCAAGUCCGACAUCACAGCGGCUGGCCAUGUCGAGCGCAGUCCAGUGAGCCCGUUGCCCAAGGCCGCCCGCCAGCGGCACGAGCGGCGCGAGCGCGAGUUGCAGAGUUCUGCUGGGGUGAGCUUUAUGGGAAGGUCAGCAGUGACCCCACAUGUUUGA